AUGUCUUCAGGCUCCUCAUCGAAUCCGACGACGCGCUCACGGACUCUGCUCUUCAUCUCCUACCGCGACUCUCGCGCUGGCUCCUCCCGCUUCCGCCGCUCACGCGUCGUCACACACUACACAGACGCUUCCCUCGAUUCUGACGAGCAGGAGGGUCUCAUCAAUCAUGAGCCCGGUCACAUAGCCAUUGACGCGGACCUGCCGCCCAGGUGGGUCGAUAUCGCCGACCAGGUGGAGGAGAUUCUCGCAGGCACCCAGGCUAAAAUCGCUGCUCUGGACAAGCUGCAUGCAAAGCAUGUCCUCCCCGGCUUUUCGGACCGAAGCGCAGAGGAGAGGGAGAUAGAGGCCAUGACGACUGACAUAACACGAGACUUCCGCCAGUGUCACGCUCUCAUUCAGCGAAUCGGUCCCAACGCGGCACACUCUUUUCCCCCUUCCCGCCACGAGGACCGCGCCUCGAAGAACGUGCAGCGCGGUCUCGCUGCCAAGGUGCAGGAGCUGAGUGCCACCUUCCGGAAGAAGCAGCGCGUGUACUUGGAGAAACUGCAAGGGCACGCUAUCAAGAACCAGGAUCUGCUGCUCGCAUCGGGCACCAUCUCCCUAAAAGGGUCAGAAGGCCUGCACGCUGUGGACGAAGAUGUGGAGGCGGCCACUGCGUCGCGAAGCAACGCCAUCGCGCAGGAAGUGAUGACGACUGACCUCGAUCUGCGCACGCGCGACCGCGAGCUGACCGAGAUCGCCAAGUCGAUAUCGCAGUUGGCGGAACUGUUCAAGGACCUGUCGGUGCUGGUCAUCGACCAGGGCACACUGCUGGACAGCGUUGAAUACAACAUUGAACAGACGGCGGCGCAGAUGGAGGAGGCUGUAAAGGAAUUAACCGUGGCGACGAAGUACCAGAAGAACACUGGGAGGAGAAGCUGCAUAUUCCUCCUCCUGCUGAUCAUCUUCGGGCUGAUCGUCGUGCUCAUAUUCAAGCCACGGCGGCAUGUGAUGCCAUCACCAUCACCUCCUGACCUCCCAGGUGGGGAGCCUUUCAUGGAGAUACCAAAUAGCGCGUCGGUGCUAGAGACCACGGCGGGGACGUUGCCACGAUGGCCAUUUAGAUGA